UUCUUCGUCGGGGAAGUGGUCCAAACCUCUGGGGCCCACGCAUCGAAAAACAUGGAGCAGCUGGGUGUCUGGGGCGGUCCGGGUCCCUGGCGGGUGAAAAAGUUGCGGGCACGGCCCGCACUGUACACAGCGGUCUCGCAGCCGGCAUCUGUCUGCCGGAGCUGGCGUUCAAACGGCCAUCUGCUCUUGGCGCGGCUGCGGAGACGCCGCUUCGGGCGCACCUGCGGCGUGAAACAACCGGGCGCCGAGGGGGGGGGGGGCACGGGGCCCCGCAGAAAAAGGCGAGGGCGCGGACGCAUCAGGCGGCGCGCCCGGCGCGCCCCGCAGCAAGACGCAGCAACACGGCAGCAGGGGGGGAGGAGAGAGGAGGAGGAGGAGGAGGAGGAGGAGGAGGAGGAGAUUAGCCCCCGUCUCCGAAGAAGAGAAGCCGCGCGGCCCAAAAGCGUCGCGCCGCCCUGGGCCAUGGCCAAGCAGUCCGCUCGCACGGCCCGAGGGUGCGGCAGAAUACGCCAAAGGCCCGGAUCGCGUUGCGAGACAAUGAAAAAAAGCGAAUGCGG